CACAUUGAAACCAGCGUACACAAACUCGUUCAAAAUGGAUCACAUUUGAAAAUUCUAAUUUCAUCAAACAGUUUCUCCCCUUGUCUCUAUAAAUAUUGUCCACCACCACCACAACCAUAACACAAAAGAGAGCACAGAGAUUGCAGCAUACAAAAUCAGGAAGAAAAAAAAACAUGGCAAGAAACAUGGGUUUGAAUUUGAUAGGGUGUUCCAUGGUUGCAAUGAUUUUCAUAAUUGGUGCGACUGAAGCAACGGAUUAUAUUGUUGGUGACAGCUUUGGAUGGAACGUUCCCACCAACGAGAGCUUCUAUAUAGAUUGGGCUAGCAACAAGAGAUUCUUCGUUGGUGACACACUAUUUUUCAACUGGAGUGGAGAUCAUACGGUGGGAAUUGAGAGAGAUAGUAGUAAUUACGAGAAUUGCAACACAAGCGCAGUGGGUAACCUAAUUGGAAGCAGUUUCCGAUACACUCUUCUUGAAGCUGUGCCUCAAUACUUCAUAUGCACUGUUGGGAAUCACUGUGUGAGAGGACAAAAGUUCAGUAUCAACGUUGAGUCUCUAAACUCUGAUGCACCCACUUAUCCUCAACCUGGUUCCGAUGCUUCCACACUCUCUUUUGGAAUCUUAUCUGCAUUCAUCUCCUCCUUCGCUCUCUACGUGGGCUUAUAUAUGUAGAUCUUUUCAUUCUUCUCAUUCUUUAUUUAUUGCCUUAUUGGGUUUAGUUUCAAUAAAUGUUGUAACAUGUUGUCGAUCAGUUUAAGUUUGCAUAAAUAAUAUUGGAUUGCUAUAAUAUUCUUACGGAUUAA